CAAAAAAUUAGUAAAUUGCGUCAAUUAUUAAAAUAUUGUGUAAAAAUUUAUCCAGCACAUUUGCAUUUCGAUAAGAUCAAGAUGUCAAAAAGAAAACUAUCUGCUGAGGAAUCAACAAGUGAUUCAUCCAAACGGGAAGUUUUAACCAAAAAAGUGUUAACUGAUUUGUCACUCGUCAAUGCUAACAAGUCAGUCUCAUUGAUGGUUGCAAAAUCAGUCAUUCACAUCCUGAAGAAUGACGAAGAACAAAAAGCGCAAUGCAGAGGAAAAAUAAGGAAAUGGUUCGAAGAUAUUUACAAAAGUGUUCCAGAAUUGCUUGAUGUUGCUGCAGCAUGUAAUUAUCUAAAGAUCUUUUUCAACUUUGAAAGCAAGUUGUACGAAAAUCCAGACUUGUCAGGAUUAAAUGGUAAUUAUAUAUUUAUUGGAGCUAAACUGUCAGAUAAACAACAUGAACAGAAAAUCAAAGGAGUUUUAGCUCACGAAUUGUGUCAUUUUGUCAUGGAACAAGUUUAUUAUAGUCAAGUGAUGCCUUACUACGAUAUAAAAAAAAAACUUGAUGAAAUUGCCAGAACUGUCGACAGGUUGUUAUCAAUACACUCGCAUGAUCCAGAUGACGGUUUCAAUGGAAUCCUUUCCUCAAUGUAUAAAUGUUAUGACAAAUCAAAAUUUCAUGAAGAAUUAAUUGCCAGAGCUGUGCAAAUUUUGACAGAGUUUGGCGAUAACAAUGACAAGUUGUGUGAUCUUCAAGGAAAAUACCAAAUUCUGUUUGAUUUUUGGAACAAAUUGAUCAUAGCUGAUUUGAAGGAAUAUAAAUUAAGAAAUCAGGAUGUUAUAAAAUUGAACAUGAUGACUAAAUUAUUGCAAAAUAUUUCAAGUCAAAAAUUUAAAAUUAGGCCUCAAAAGAUUUUUGAAGAAUUUGCUGAUAACAAAUUGGUCAUAAUUAAAACCAACAAUCCAACGAUAAUGCUUAAGGACAUCAUUGAUCAAUCAAAGGAAAAAUACAGGAGUUUAAUUGACACAUAUUGUUUAUUUAUUGAUGCAAAGCAAUUAGUCGAUGAAAACUUUUUGAAUGCUUUUGACGACGUCUGCUUAAAAACCAACAAGUUACACGUUUUUAUAGAUUGUUCAAAAGGAGUUCCAGUUGAUUUAGAAAAUAAAUUCCAAAAUAAGAAUUUUAAUUACGUCGUCGUCACAUCAAAUGAAAUUCAGUUUGCAGAAUCUUCAAUACUUCAAAAUUCGACAAAAAUUAAUAUCAAUUACGAUUGGGAUGACCUGCCACAAAUUAGCCAAGAGUUAUUGCUUCAAUGUAAAAUAAAUUUUCAAGGUAAUUUAGAAAACUCAUUGAAAGAUCUACUAAGCAUAAAAACAGAACCAAAUUCAAAAAUUGAUGAUCAAACUUUAAACAAUUUGGUGAACAAGCAAUUAAUUUCAGUAAAUACAGAAUUAGAAGACGAAAUUAAUGAAAAUCAUUUAGAAAUGAUUUAUACUCCGCGAUUAUUUAUCAAGCGAGAUAAACAAGCGGAAAAUCAAAAACUCUCAGAAACUGAGCUGAUUUCUGAAGUCAAAAACGAGAAGUUUGUUUUAAUAUCAGACCAGGCUGGAAAUGGCAAAACUUUGGCAUUAAAAAACAUUGCAAAAACCAUCCGAAAACAAUAUCCAACAAAAUGGGUGACGUAUGUGGAUUUGAAGCAGUUGAUUAACGAAUUUAAGGCACAAGAAUGUGAGCCUGAAUUUUCAACUUUUAUUGUUGACAAUAUUCUUAAACCAAAAACUAAAAUUGAGUUAGAAAUCUUCAAAAAAUGCUACAACGAUGGCAAUGUUCUCAUCUUUUUUGACGGUUUCGAUGAAAUUGCACCCGAUUGUGCUGAAUUUGUCACAAAGUUAGCUCAGAAUUUUAAACAAAAUGGCGGAAAUCAGCUGUGGAUUGCAACGCGAGACUAUCUUGAAGUUGAUUUGAAAAAACAACUAAAUCUUGAUUGUGCUUAUGGCCUUGAGAUGAUGAAUGAGAUGGAAAGUGUUGACUUAAUAGCAAAAACUUGGACUUUGAUGGAUUUAAAAGGCAAAAAUGAACUAAAAUCAAUUGAAAAUUUGAUGACGUCACUAAUGUAUCAAAAUUACCGUAGAAAAGCUUAUCAAGUAACGAGGAAAGUUUUAACUUCUAACGGCAAUUCAGUAGCUAUAAAAAUCACAUUUCCGGAGUUGGUUGAAAAAUUAUUUCCUGACUAUGAUGGAACUGAGUGGCCACACCAAGAAGUUAUUGCCGGUGGUGUUGUGAAUAUCAUAAAUGGAAAAUUGGCAUUCACGCAUAAUACUUUCUGUGAAUUUUUCUUGGCUGAGUUUAUCGCUAAGGAGUUGAAACGGAAGCGACUUGGAAAAAUUGGUUUGGAGAUUUUUGUUAAAGUUUUGACAAGUCCAGCUUAUCGUGGAACUCAAAUUAUAAUGAAUGAUGCUGUUGUGCUUGAUCCUGCUUUAAUAGCUGAUCAUGGAAAAAAAUUCUUGGAAUUUGCGAAUGAAUUUUGUAAAAUGGAUAAUCUUGAAGAUUUUUAUGUUAAUGAACUUGAGUGCCUUGUUGUUAUGAUUGUGGAUAUCCUGAAAAGUGGAAAAUAUGAGAAAGUUAAGGAACUGUUGACUAGAACUGCUGGAAAGUUGAUUAAAUCAGUGAAGAGUGCAGAAUUUUAUUUGAAAUUUGAGGAAUUUCUGUUCAAUUUUUUAAAAUCUAAAGAUUUAAAGACUUUGAUCAAGGAACAGGAAGUUCUGCUUAGAAUCGUUCAGUCAGAACUUGACAUUUCAAUAUUUGAGAGUUUGACUUUAUGGACACUUUUGGUAAAAAGCUUUGAAGAUUUAAAAGAACUAAAGAACUUGAUUCUUGAAAAGGAUACGAGUGGUUUCAGUUACCUCAAUCAUCUUGUAUUAUCAGAUAACAUUGGAAUUGUAGAAUUUACAUUUUCUAUUUUAAUAGAAUUGUUCGAUCCCUAUGAUUACAAUAUAAUACUAUCGCAUAAAGAUAUCAAUGAACAAAGUUUACUACAAAUUGUUAGUAUAUAUUCAACAAAUAUUGAGGUUUUUCAACAUUUGUGGAAAUUAAUACUAGAUAAUCUUGGAUCAAAAGGAAAAUUUCUUCAAGCAAUUAAAGAAGUCGACAAAAAAGGCAACAAUCUAAUUCAUCAUGCAGCAUCUUUUGGAUCAAAUGAAAUUUUUGUAUUUAUAAUAUCAAAAUUAGAUUCAAUGACAUCGAGGAAUGAGUUCAGAAAUAUUUUAAGACUUUUGGGUCAAUACAAUCAAAACUUACUUCAACUUGUUGCAAUAUCCAACGGAUCAAUAGAAAUACACAAAAUAUUGUGGGAAACAUUUUCAAAAAAAUUUGACGAUUUAUUGCAAUUUUCCGAGCAUGUUGAUAAAAAAAACGAAAAUGUUCUUAUGAAAGCUGUUCAAUUCAAUUCACUGGAUGUUGUUCAGCUACUUUGGACUAAUAUUUCAAAAUCGAUGAGAUCAAGUGAACAGAUCAGUUAUCUUAAAAAGAAAUGUAUUAAUGGAUUAACAAUCAGAGAUAUGGACACAAUAAAGCCAACAAUACGAACAUGGAUACACAAACUAUUUGAAAAUAAGGAAAUAUCCACUGUAGAUUCUGAAUCAUCUGAAGGUGAGUUUUUGAAUGAUUCAGAUGUAAGCAUGGAUGAAGGCGAUUUAAAUAGUCAUUUAAGGUUAAUUAAAGCUGUCAAAAAAAAUAAUACUAAAGUAGUUGAAAAUAUUUUACAAAAUAAUUGUGUCGACGUAAAUUACGUUGAUGCACGACAACAAAAAGCAAUAGAUUAUGCAUGGUUGAACUAUAUCCAAAACGAUAAAAGCAAAUAUAGGUUAAGGAAAACUGAAAAAAUAAUGACGAUUCUUCUAAAAGUCAAUUCAUAUUAUCCAAAUGUUCUCCAUGACUUCAACUAUGAAAGCGGAAAUGAAAAAACUCAAAAUUUCAUAGACUUUACAGACCAAAUUAAAGCAAUUGUGAUUCAGUAUCCAAAUUUGAAGUACUUUACGGAUAGAAAUAAUGAGAGUGUCUUGCUGCAUAUUUUAAGAUUGCAAAGAAUUGUCGUCAAAAAUAAAAUUGAUAAUCAAAUGCGAAUAAAUGUACAUAACCCCAUCGAAGAGCAGCCAGUUCAUAUUUUACAAAUUUUAUCAAAGUCCACAAUCAUUGGAGCUGAUAAAAAAGGAGUAAAAUGUGUCUUAAAUGCAUUAAAUUCAAUCAACAUAAUUCAACAUUUUUCUAUUGUCCUUCAAAUUGCUGCUUGUAUGAUGAUUAAUAUUACAUUUAAUUUUGGACAUGAAAUUGAUCAGUCUUAUGUGCAUCAAGAGUUUCCACAAUCAGGAACUUUUUAUGUCGGUGCUAAAUCUUUACUUUAUAAUACAAAUAAGCACAAAACUCUUGGAUUUAUCCUUAACAAACUAAGCCUUCUUGUUCUUAACUUAGUUUUUAUGAACAAAUCCCGUCCGUACCCAAGAAAUGACACAGAACUUGAGCAAAACUAUAAGAGUAUUUUCAACAGCAUUAAAUUAAUGAACGAUGAAAGACAAAAGAUCGAAGGAACUAUCAAAAAUGUUUUUAAAGUCUGUCGAGAUGAUCAAGAAGCGGAAUUGAUUGCUGCAGCCAUGCAGGCUGUUAUACAAUGCGACAAUUCAAAUGAAAUGAUAAGAAUUCAGCAACAUUAUAAAAAAGUUUUCAAAUAUUUAAGUGAUGUAGUGAUUCCAGAAUGUGAAAACGUUCUGCCAGUUUUGAAACUGAUUACAAGCUCAAGAACUGAUAUUAAAUAUGGAUUUGCAUUUAAUUGUUUAACAGUGAAUAUGCAAAAUAAUAUUAUUCACAAAAUCAUUCGUUUUCAAGGGAGGGAAUUGACUAUACUUGAAUUUGAACAAAUUGUUGAAAAUUUCCGAGUUCUUCUUGAUGUGGAAGAUCUUAAAAGAAUUAUAAUAAACAAUGAAAUUCUUGAGAUUGGUAAACCUUUAGAUCAUGUUCCUGACCAGGAUAUAGUUGCGAACAAAAAUACAGAACAACAUUUAGUAGAGGAAGAGAAAAUAGUUGAUCAAAUUAUUGAGCAAACAGAAAAGUCUAAACCUUUUAUUCUAUCCGAUUUACCUAUAUCUGGCAAGUUAAUUGAUAAAAUUGCUGCUAAACUUAAGAUUAAGUAUAGAAAUUCUUGGGUGAUUUUAGCUAAAAUUUCUGAUUUGGUUGACAAUCUAUUUGAGAACAGAAAUAAUUUUAAUACAUCAAACAUUCCACAAUGUUUGACUCAAAUUCUACAAUUAAACAAGUUAAUUGAAUUUGGAACAUUUUAUCAACUUUAUGAAUCUGGAAAAAUAUUAAUUUUAUUUGAUGAAUUUGAAAGUUUACCAGAUGAAUUUAUUAAUCUUUUUACCAUAAUAUUCAAAGAUUUUGCUGAUAAUUUAACUAAUAUGAUCUUAGUAUCAUCUUAG